AAAAAUAAAUAAUACGCCAUAUCGCCUAAUGAGGUUGGUUGGUUUGGUAAAACAUCGGUCAUAAACACGCAAUUUGACGACUAAUUAAAUCCAUGAAACUCACUAAAAAAACCCCAACCAUUUUCUCUGUCCUCAAUAUUCUUCCCAAAUCAAAACAAAAACCACACUCAUUAUUAGCUCAAUACAGUAAUUAUUCACCUAAUUUAACUAAUUUAUUUUCUUCAUCUUUCAUUCCUCCAUUUUUUCUCCACCCUAAAACUCUCCAAUCUCUCUCAUCAGAUGCGUAAACCUAAAUCCCCAAAUCACCUCUCAAAUCCCUCGUUUUCGCCUGCAUCUCACCGCCGCCGCCGUCGUCGCCGCCGCAAUCGACGGCUCACUUCGCCGGAUUUAUGUGUGAGAGUGAGAAUUUUGGAUUUCUGAUUAGGUUGUUGCUCCUCCUUGGUGUGGGUUGAUUUCCGGUAAAUGCUGCAGAUUCCGGUGUUGUUAUCGGUUGCGUUGUUGAUUUUUACGGUGGUUUUGCGGUGGUCGUUGAAGAAUGAUGAGACGAAAAAGGAGGAGGUUCAGGUUUUGGUUUCUCGUCAAGCUCCUGCAAUGGCGGAUUUCGAUGUGUUUAAGGAGGAGAGAGAAUUCAGUGGAUUUAGUACUAAAAUGGUGAUGAAAUCGCCGCGGUAUGAGUGUGCUGUUUGUUCUUCUUUUACCUCUACUAGGUGCUCCCGUUGCAAGACUGUUCGUUACUGCUCUAGUAAGUGCCAAAUAAUUCACUGGAGACAAGGUCAUAAGUAUGACUGCCACCCUCAGAGCCCUGGAGCAUUUGAGAGAGAUAAUUUAAAUGAAAAUGAAGAAAUGAUGGAGCAAUGUGUGACAAAUGAUACCUGUUCUGCUGAAGAUUUAUCAAGGGUGGACGAGAAAGACACAACUGGUCAGCAGAAUCACGAUGUUUUGGAUUCUCCCAUGCCCCGUCUAUCUGCUGUGACAAUUGACUCUUCAGACAUUUACUCUGAAAGGAGGGAAAUUGGGACACCUUUCUCAGACAUUAGUGUACUUAAUAUGGACCAAAGAGAAGAUAAGAAUAAAACACUGGACAUGAAUAUUUCAAUUGGACUGGCAUCCACUAGACUGAUGAGUCCUGUGAAGAAAUUGAACAGAGAGAAAUCAAGGCAAAAUGACAGAAGGAAAUCUAGGUCUUCCAAUCCAGGUCUGUCACCAAAAUGUACUACAGAUAAUUCUUGUGAUAGAGCUGUCUCAAGUAACAUACAUUCUUCCAAGUCCAAAGAAAUUCCGUUUGUGGAUAACGAGGCAUUGAAGCGUUCACAGACAAUUAAGAAUGACAACGUCAAACCCUUGGCCAGUAAGAAUUCUGGUAAUAGUUUAUUGCAAUCAAGAAGCAGUAGUAGUUCAAGCCAGUUGCCACAUAAUGGUAUUAAAUCGUCUCUCCAGAAAGUUGUGCAUCAUUUAAAAGCCUCUCAUCAGAAGAAGGCCCCUCUUUGUAACAGCUCGCAUGGAAUUUCAAGAAACCCUGAUAGAAAGACAGUGUUUCAGUAUGAUGCAUUUGUGAGUUUGUACACCUCAAAUGCUGUUGAGUUGAAACCAUUUGGCCUUACGAAUUGUGGAAACAGCUGUUAUGCAAAUGCUGUGCUCCAAUGCCUUGCUUACACCCGUCCUUUGACAAUCUAUCUCCUUCAAGGGACUCAUUCAAAACAAUGUUGGAAGGAUGGAUGGUGUUUUAUUUGUGAAUUUGAACAUCUUAUGCUGAAAGGAAGGGAAGGUUACAGUCCGUUAUCACCUAUCCGGAUCCUCUCUAAUAUUAGUCAUCUUGGUCAUGGAAGAGAAGAAGAUGCUCAUGAAUUUCUGAGAUAUGCUGUUGAUACUAUGCAAUCAGUUUGUGUUGAGCUGUCUGGAUUUUCAGGUCCAUUGGGAGAGGAAGGUACUCUUGUUGGCAUGACAUUUGGGGGCUAUCUUUAUUCUAAGAUAAAAUGCAUGAAGUGCCAUAAUGUGUCAGAGAAAUAUGAAAGGAUGAUGGAUCUCAGUGUAGAGAUAGAUGGGGAUGUCAGAACUCUUCAACAAGCUCUAAAAAAAUUUACAGCUUCUGAAAUGUUACAAGGGAAUAACAAGUACUACUGCGGCAGAUGUAAAUCUUAUGAGAAAGCCAAGAAGAAGCUCACUGUCUCCCAAGCCCCAAACAUCCUUACAAUUGUGUUGAAGCGAUUUCAGGCUGGCAAUUUCACAAAGUUGAAAAAAGCGGUUCAGUUUCCAGAAAUUCUGAACAUGUCUCCUUAUAUGAGUGAUUCGACUGAUAAAUAUCCUCAAUAUAGUCUAUAUGCUGUGGUAGUUCAUCUGGAUGUCUCAAGGGCUGAUUUUUCUGGCCAUUAUGUGUGCUAUGUGAAAAAUUAUUGUGAAGAAUGGUUCAAGAUUGACGACAGUGCGGUUAGUAGCGUGGAUCUGAAGAGAGUCUUAUCAGAGGAGGCAUAUAUGCUACUCUAUGCGAGGGAUACUCCAAGAUCCCCAGCAUCAAGGAGGGAAUUUUUUGAUGGCAUGAUUUUUGAAUCUGGUUACGGUGAAAAAGACGUAUUGUCCAAGGUCGGGCAUAAAAGAUCUGAUGUUAGUGUUGAUCCUUGGGUGAUGCAGCAUCAGUCAAGUAGAAACGGUUAUGCAAAAGACCCUUCUUCAUAUGUAGAGGAGUGGGUUACUCACUCUGUUGAAAGCAUUCCGAGGGUAGACUCAUCAAGUGAGGUAUCUUCCUUGUUCAGCUGUUCGGAAGAAGGCACAUGUAGUACACCAAGCACCAAAGAUUCUGCUAGUGCGGAUGAAUACUCUGAUUAUUUGUUUGGGAGAGGCAGUGUUUUUGGUCGUUAAGCUUAAAUGGUUCUUGGAGAGACCUUAUUCUGGACUUUUGGUCCAUCAUUUUUGAGUUUUAAAUGCCCGGGAACAGAUAGUAAUCACAGCAAAGAAGGACGAUGAAGUAUUAGAGAAGUUCUGCUAUAGCCUAUAGGUAUAUACUUUGUAUAUGUUAGAUUGUUAGGUAACUCCCGUACAUUCCAAUGGGAGUGUAGGACUAACAAUAACUUAGUCCAGUGUUUAGCUACAUAUCUUUUGUGAGUUCCACACUUGGUGCUUUGCUAGUUAUGAGCACAGCAAAAUUAAGCUCAAAUGUUUUAUUCAGAUUUGAGCUUUUGUGACACAGUUAAGUUUUUUUUUUUUUUUUUUUUUUUUUUUUUUUUUUUUUUUUAGUAUAUUAUUUUAUUAAGGGAAUGGUAAAUGUGAAUUUUUGUCAAUUUCACUGUAUAGUAGUAGAACCUUAACUUUUGUUCUAGCUCCUUUAAUUUACAGCUUAGUUAUCGACGC